CCCUCCCCCUCCCCGUCGCCCCCACCCCCCCGCGGAGGGGGCGGGUCGGGGGCGGCUGGAGGCGUCUGGAGGCCUUAACGGCGCCGCGGGCAACCCCGGCGUUCCCGCAGCGCCGCCCCGCCCCCCGCACACCGGCGGCCCCGCCCCUCCCACGUACGCCCCGCCCCCUCCCGUGUACGCCCCGGCUGCUCCCGCCCUCCCCCGCCCGCGCUGCAGGAAGGAGCUGCGGGCUCCAGCCGCGCCGGUCCGAGCGCGCUGCCGGCACCAUGCCCCGCAUAGAUGCGGACCUCAAGCUGGACUUCAAGGAUGUCCUGCUCCGACCCAAGCGAAGCAGCCUCAAGAGCCGAGCCGAGGUGGAUCUCGAGCGGACCUUCACAUUUCGGAACUCGAAGCAGACCUACUCAGGGAUUCCCAUCAUUGUGGCCAACAUGGACACCGUGGGAACGUUUGAGAUGGCAGUGGUGAUGUCACAGCACUCCAUGUUUACAGCAAUUCACAAGCAUUACACCCUGGAUGACUGGAAGCUCUUUGCUGCUAAUCACCCAGAAUGCCUGCAGCAUGUAGCCGUGAGUUCGGGCAGUGGGAAGAAUGAUCUGGAGAAGAUGAGCAGCAUCCUGGAAGCCGUACCGCAGGUUAAGUUUAUUUGCCUGGAUGUGGCCAAUGGAUACUCGGAACACUUCGUGGAAUUUGUGAAGCUUGUCCGGGACAAAUUUCCAGAACACACCAUCAUGGCAGGGAACGUGGUGACGGGAGAGAUGGUAGAAGAGCUUAUUCUUUCUGGAGCAGAUGUAAUCAAAGUGGGUGUUGGACCAGGUUCCGUGUGCACCACCCGCACCAAGACGGGGGUGGGCUACCCCCAGCUGAGCGCGGUGAUUGAGUGUGCAGACUCGGCCCACGGCCUAAAGGGGCACAUCAUCUCAGAUGGAGGCUGCACGUGUCCAGGAGAUGUCGCCAAAGCCUUUGGAGCCGGAGCAGAUUUUGUCAUGCUGGGAGGGAUGUUUUCGGGCCAUACUGAGUGUGCUGGAGAGGUGAUCGAGAGGAACGGACAGAAGCUCAAGCUGUUCUAUGGGAUGAGCUCCGAGACGGCAAUGAAGAAACACGCGGGAGGAGUAGCAGAAUACAGGGCUUCUGAGGGCAAGACCGUGGAAGUGCCUUACAAAGGGGAUGUCGAGAACACUAUUCUGGAUAUUCUUGGGGGACUGAGGUCUACCUGUACCUACGUGGGGGCCGCCAAACUCAAAGAGCUCAGCAGGAGGGCAACGUUCAUCCGGGUGACCCAGCAGCACAACCCCGUGUUCAGCUAACCUCGGGGACGAGGACAAGGUGCCCUCCGGCCAGUGGAAACCCACACAUGCCUGCUUUCUCAUCCCCUUCCUCCUGUUACGGCCGAGGUUCCGGUUGAUCCCAGGUGGUGGGAGGCUGCCCCCUCCUGUCAUCUGGAGGCCGUGGGGCUCCCCUAGGUCCAGGGGCCCAGAAGCUGGGCACUCACUGGGUCAGCGGUCGGAGCUUAGCUGCCCGGAACAUGUUACCUCAUUGUUAAAACUAACACUCACGCCUUUUUCUUUUCUUUUCUUUUUUUUUUUUUUUUUAAGGAAAAUGGUUUCACUUUAAUAUAAUGCUAUGAAGA